CCGCAGCCGGCUAGCUGAACAGUCUGCCUGUCCUUUGACAGCUAGGUAUUUGACGUCAGGGUAGCAACUGUAUGGCCGUGGUGAUACUUGGCGACGUGUCAUCGACCAUUUAACUGUAUGACAAUUAGUUUAAAAUACCAGUGAACCAUUUGUUUUUAUACCAAGAUGAUGUUGAGCUUUCUUUCUUUCUGUCUUUAGCUAGCUAAUACGCUCGUAAGCUAACUAACUAGCAUUGCUGACAGCGAACUAUCGUUAGCAACUUGUUAACAUUAGCUGGCUAACGUUAGCAACAUGGGUCAUCCCAACACUGUAAUGGCCAGCAAGCUGUAGCCACAUUGUCUCAUUCUCAAUUUGGUAACUAUCUUUUUUUUUUUUUUUUACAUGUCUUGAUUAAACAUCGAGUGUGCUGUUAGCCCCUUUCUCUAAUCCGCCAGUAUUUCGUGGUCAGUCUAAUUUUCUUUACAGGAUAACGUCAACAGGCAUUGUUUAUCGAGGCUCAGCUGUAGCUGCCUCUAUUGUUUACAUGGAUACGCUAGGCUGAAGUGCACUGUGGGCAUGUGGUGGUCGUACGCGUGACAAUACUGGAUCAGCUACAGAACAACCACAGUGGACAUAUGGAGAUGGGGCUUUGAAGGACAGCUGUGCCUGCUGGACUGUUUGACGUUGUGUGGGCGUUGGACACAGGACAGGAGUUUUUGUUUGUCCAUAGCUUAACCUGAAGCAAUACUUCAUAAGGAGAAUGGGAAAUAAACGGUGCUGGAAACUGGUCCACACUUUUGGCACUGGAAUGUUGCUGAAGACCUUACUGAUCACCAGUGUUCUUGGCUGGGCGAAAUGUCAAGAGAGCCAGAGCAUGACACCAGAGGAGAAGAUUGUUAUCAGGGACCAGAUUAUUGAGAUGUUUGAUCAUGCUUAUGGCAGUUACAUGAAAUAUGCCUAUCCAGCAGAUGAGCUGAUGCCUCUUAGCUGCAGGGGGAGAGUCCGUGGCCAGGAGCCCAAUAGAGGGGACAUAGAUGACUCCUUGGGGAAGUUUUCUCUCACACUGAUUGACACCCUUGAUACCCUGGUGGUGUUAAACAAGCUUGAUGAGUUUGAAGACGCAGUGAGAAAAGCCGUGACAGAUGUGCGCCUGGACAACGAUGUGGUGGUGUCUGUGUUUGAGACUAACAUCAGAGUUUUAGGAGGGCUUUUGGGAGCCCACGUGAUGGCCGACCUGCUACGGCAGCGUGGGGAGAGGAUGCAGUGGUAUCGCGAUGAGCUCCUACACAUGGCUAAAGAGCUGGGCCAUCGAUUACUACCUGCCUUUAACACCACAAGUGGCCUUCCCUACCCUAAGGUGAAUCUGCGUUAUGGAGUCCUAAACCCACUUUCACGAACAGGCACUGAAUCUGACACCUGCACAGCAUGUGCUGGAACAAUGAUCCUGGAGUUUGCUGCCCUCAGCAGACUGUCAGGAGAGGCUGUGUUUGAGGAACAUGCAAGGAAGGCUCUUGAUGUCCUCUGGCAGAGGAGACAGAGGGGAAGUGACUUGGUGGGGACUGUCAUCAAUAUCCAUAAUGAAGAAUGGGUCCGUAGGGACAGUGGAGUUGGUGCUGGUAUUGACUCCUACUAUGAAUAUCUGAUGAAGGCCUACAUUCUUCUCGGAGACAAUGUUUUUCUGGAGCGGUUCAACAUUCACUACAGUGCCAUUAUGAAGUACAUCAGUCAGCCUCCCCUGCUGCUCAACGUACACAUGCACAACCCCACUGUGAGUGUGCGCAGCUGGAUGGAUUCUCUCCUGGCAUUCUUCCCUGGCUUACAGGUUUUGAGAGGAGAUCUGAAACCAGCUAUUGAGACUCAUGAAAUGCUUUACCAAGUCACCAAACAACACAAAUUUCUUCCAGAGGCUUUCACUACAGAGUUUAGAGUUCAUUGGGGCCAACACCUACUGAGACCAGAGUUUGCAGAAAGCACCUACUACCUCUAUAAGGCCACUGCCGACCCCUACUACCUCAGAGUGGGACAGUCCAUUGUGGAAAAGCUCAAUGCCUACGCCAGGGUGCCUUGCGGGUUUGCUGCUGUGCAAGAUGUCCGCACUGGGACGCAUGAAGACAGGAUGGACUCGUUCUUUCUGGCUGAGAUGUUUAAAUACCUGUACCUGCUGUUUUCCGAGAAGAGCCAGCUGCCCAUCGAUAUUGACGACUACAUCUUCACCACGGAGGCUCACCUCCUUCCUGUAUCUCUCUCCACCACCCAGCCGCCCUGUCAAGGCAACAACACGGAUUCUGUUCCUGUUUCUCAAGAAGAAGAUCUGUUCACACACUCCUGCCCCAGCAUAGAGACAUUGUUCCCCAACAACCCGUCGUUUGCUAAAACCAUCCGGGACAGCUACAAGUACCUCACUGGGGUGGGACGGGCCUUCCACCCCUUACCUGUCAGGGAAAUAGAACUACCGCUCCAUGAUAAUGGGAUGGAGCCAGUAGAGUUCUUGAAAAGCAUGGGCAUUUCUCUCACUCCACUGAAUGAGGUCAUGGCAGGAGACACCAGAAGUCGGAAGGAGCAUAAAGGAGUGUACCGGGUAAAACUUGUGGCAGAGGUGAGCCAUACACCUGAGGAGGAGGUAGUGCCCCAUGUUGUUCAGCUCAUAUCGCCCCCAUUUCUGGGUAGGACAGUCCUCACAGCGGGACCUGCCAAGUUUGGGAUGGACCUCACCAAGCAGGAACACGGGGUGAAGGGCAACGUAGUGAAAGCCUCUCCCUACACUGCAUGUGGACCAGUAGAUAAUGCAGUGGAGCUUAAAGGGCACAUCGCUCUGGCACUGCGUGGGGACUGCAUGUUUGCUGUAAAGGCUCGUUGGCUGCAGGAAGCAGGAGCCAUUGGAGUCAUCUUUAUAGACCACCGUGAGGGAAGUAAUAGCAAGGAAACUCCCCUGUUCCAGAUGGUUGGAGAUGGCGACUCCACUGAAGACAUCACCCUGCCUUUGGUCUUCCUGUUCAGCCAAGAGGGUGCCAUGCUCACAGCAGCUCUGGAGGAACAUCACAAUGUGGAUGUGCUGCUGCUGCCCAAGGAGAGGCAGCUGGGACAUGAUAAGACUGAAAAACCUGUCGGCAUUAACAUCAAACUCCGCCUGGCAGAGGAGGGGGAGCUGGAGGAAGGAUCAUCCAGAAGGCCCACCUUAGAGUUUGUCUUGGAGAAACAGGAGAUGCUUCUGAAGGAAGAGGAGGAAGAAGAGCUCAGAGGACAACGACAACCGCAGCGGCAGUUCUGCUCAGAGGCAGCAGAGAAUGACAGGACUGAACCGUGUUCAGCAGAUUCCUCUCAAAACGCAAACUCUAACAGUGGACCAGACGCAACCCCCUGACCACUGCUGAUCCCAAAGCAGCCAACUAUGACCUCUCGUCAGUUUCUGAAUGGCGUGUGCCUCAGAGCCCCUCACUGCCCGACAUAGAGCCCUAACUGACCCAGCCUGCAUGUUUACAACCAAUGGAGGAGAGCAAAACAGUGUGACACAUUUGCAAUCCUGUCUUGAUUUUGAAACCUAAAAAUGGUUCUACAUUUAUUUGACAUAGUCGAAGUGGGGCUUUUGUUCUGUACGUUGCAGGUCUCUCUGAAGUGAGGGAUCUCCUGAGACUAAACUAGGUAGUUAAAGGCCAAAAGCUGUAGGUUAAGAUGGCUGGGCUGGUGCUGCCCACACCUAGCCUGUAGUGUUGCUAUCGUAGGCUCACUCAAGAUGAUCGUGAUGAUAAUGAUUUAGAUCGUUUACUAGAAUUUUAAAUUACCGGUACCUCACCCUAGAGGAAAACAUAGAUAAGGCCAAAAUGUACUCCGCUAGGUUUUUAUGCAGCACAGUUUGUUUUUAAUGUAGAGUGCACCUUUUCACUUGAACAACUACUGUUAAAUAUUCAGUGAUGGUGAAUGGAAUAUUACUUGGCCAGUAGGUGGUGUUAGUAAUACAAUGUUAGUAGAUGAAGGAGAUGAGCUGGGGCCAAUUUGGGAAGUUUAUUUUAUUUUGUACUGGUAAGCAACUUCAGGGAAUUUCAAGAGUGAAUGCCGUUUGCUAGGAUGACCCAUUUGAGUAUCACAGGUUGGCCUGCAGUCCCAGACUGCUAUGCACUUUGAAACACGGGUAUGAUCAUCCAUGGCAGAUUCAUUUGUUUGUGUGUGUUGCAAAAAGUGAUUGCAAUUAUUUAUCGUCCCAUUUACAUUGUACAAUGAUGCAAUGUUUUUAGCCACCUUAAAUAAGGAAUACUCGACGGGAUUUAGUUUUAAAAACUGAAAAUCCUCUAAAAUUGCAACAGUCAAACUGGAAAGGCCAAUUGAAUUCUGUACAUUGGUUCCAAAGUAUGAUAGAUUCAGUUAUCUUUUCUCAUACUUUCUACACAAACUAAACCAUGUUCUGGGCAUUCUUAUGUGUAAUCACUUUAUGGAUCAAUUCGGGAGAUGCAUAACUCUUCGAUCAGUUUGUUCAUAUUCACUUUAUUACUCACUACUAAUUUGUUGCAUAAUGUUUGUGUUUUGUGGUACAUUAAAUGUGAGUUUAUGUUUGCGCGGGGGAAAACACUUUUAAUGCCAGAGUAUGUUUUAUUUUAUGUUUUUACAGUGGACCUGUUGCUGAUGCUGCUGAGUUACAGUCUUAAUCCAACAUUUUUUUGUUUUUUUGUUUAGCCUGAAUGAGGCUUUGCCAACCCGUAUACCUCAGGACUGUAACAGUUCACACAUAGAAAAGGACUGUGGACAAGAAGUAGGGGAUUCUUUUUUUUAUCAUUUUUCAUGCAAUUUCAUUUUUUUCAGCUGUGUUCUAAGGUUUCUGUUGAUCAGUGGCUGAAAGUCAAGUGCCAAAAGAUAUGCAUAAAAUGGCUCCUUUUUCUGUUUCACAUCUUCUCUGUUUUUAGUUUCAGACUGUGAGCUGAGGCAUUCUCGUAAAUAAAUUUGAAAUCACCAAACCUUUUAGCUUUUUUCCCUGCAUUCUAGAAUUGCGUGACUGCAUUUUCAGCAGCUGUGGAAUAUAUCCGCUCAGGAUUGUUGUGCUUGAGUGGAAUUUGACUGUAGAAUGUUCUAUUUCACUGUAUGUUCAGUAAGAAAGGUAUUCUUUGUAGUUUGAGCUUUACAUAUAAAGGAUGGAGCAAUAACACGAUAA